AUGUCAGGACGUCCUAUCAGCAAUAUGAACACAAUAAACAAGAGUAAAAAACACCUUUUCCCCUUCUCAAUGGUUGGGCCAACCAUGAAUCAGCAGCAAGUACACGCACCAUACCCACGACCUGCCAACAUUUUGAAUACCAUUCGUACUUUGGAAGACAAUUUGGACUGGGAAAACCAGCCUUCGCAAGCAAGUGUAAAGAUGGCUCCCCGCGAAUUUGGAGGCGGUGUUUCCCCCAUUCAUAAGGAUAUUUUCAACUAUCCGGCUCAGAAUCUGAGUAAGGCUUCGGGUGGCAUUGUUGACUCUCUCUAUUACGAUCACCUGGUGAAUGGUGGUGGGUCUUUCAGUGGGCUCUAUUCACACGAAAAACCAUCGUUAAUGGUUAAUGGUGAAGUUAAUUCUGUCAAAUAUCGAAACAAUAACAAUAAUGUUAAUCCUGUCGGCACAAAUUACAACAAUAAACUAUUCAGCAUCGCGUCUUCGAAACCAAUCAUGCUCGAUUCUGCUUGGGAAUCAUCUGAAGAUCGUUCAGUCUCCCCCUCCAUUUCAAUUACAACCUCACGAUCUUUAACUCCUAACGACUCUGAUUCAGAAUCAAAAGAUAAUUCUCAGGUCUUGACUGCUUCACCUAACAUCAUUGAUUCAAAACAAAAUGCAAUCACGGUUGACCACAUCAACAAUAAACUACGAACCCCAUCUUUGUCAAAUAUCCAAGACCACAACAGUGCCACUUUCAUUUCUUCAAAGUUACCACCACCGAUCAACGAUGAAUUGGACAUGACACGCUUUCAGAAGGCUCGUCGUGACAGUAAUACCACCGCGUCAUCAGAUCCAGUUUCAGAUAACUCGGAUAAGUCGAACAAUAUUGAGAUCGAGAAAGAGCAGAAAAAGGCGACCCUAUAUAAAACAGAGAUGUGUCGAAAUUGGGAAGAAAAGGGUACUUGUCGUUACGGAACCAAAUGUCAAUUUGCACAUGCUGAAACGGAAUUACGAAAAGUUGUACACCAUCCAAAAUAUAAGACGGAAAUCUGCAAAACUUUUUGGCAAAGCGGCACGUGUCCAUACGGUAAACGUUGCUGCUUUAUUCAUAACGAUAAAGACUUGGUAUUGUCGAAACAACGUCGAAAUAGUGUCGAUAGCUCACUAAAGGCCGGUCAAAGUGGAAAAGCAAAGGAAUUAAAUAAAUUCAAAAGUGAUUCCGAGCUUUAUGGUAAAUUCAUGAAUGGAAGCGAUACCACCGGUUCUCCUCUACAGGUUCCAGAUUUAAAAUCGACCAACAGUUCGCUUCGCGAAUUCACUGACUUGUACUUUUCAAGUCAAUCCUAUGCAAUGUCGGCUAAUAACCGCGACUCUGUUGCGCCCUCAACAACAUCACACCUUCAGGACGGUUUAAAAGGAAGCACGGCGUCUAAAGCUGCAAAUCUUAAUGUAUCUCGGGAAAGAUUUAUUGAUGGAAACUUGGAAGACUCCGAUGAUGAGAAUCAACUUCCUACACCUCCACUUCUUCAAAACUUCUUGGACGAAGUUGUUAAUUGUGAUGAACCGACCAUGAAACAACGUGCGAUACCAAUUCGAUUAGAAAAAGGAAAGAAUAACGGUGCUGGAUAUGCAGCAUCGGAUCUUGUUCCAAUCCUCAAUCAACCUCGUGGUAAUAGAUUGGCAAUCUUCCGAAACUUGGGAUAA